AUGAAUUUGAAGAAAUGUUCCUUAAAUACUGGGAUUGGAGAGUUAUAUCCCUAUAUGCAAUUGAGUAACAAAACUCGUAAAUAUGAAAACUUAAACAGUAUUUCUGAAGCAGAAAUCAGAGGAUCUGACGUUGUGAUUUUAAAAAUAUUGUCCGAUUAUUUAAAUUCUACUAUAAACUUCUUCUUUAUUUAUAGAGACCAAGAAAAUCCAUAUGUGGACCAAACGUUUUUGAGUUUACUUCUUAAUGGCAGUUUAGACAUUUGCGCUGGAGGAUUAUACAGAAUUUAUGGAGACAUUGUGGACUAUUCAGGUGUAUAUACAAGGCAGUCAGUGGUAUGGGCUUACAGCGUUGAAAGAGAAACAAGAUCUUGGCAGUCGUUCGUAACAAAAGUGGAUGGACUUUAUUUCUUUUUGAUAUUCUACGUUAUACACGUAUUGAUGUGGAAGAUGAUCUGUAAAAUUGACAAAGACAUGUUUUCACUGAAGCAAACGUUGCUGUAUAGUUGGGGUGCUUUAGUUGGGGCGUCAUCCUUACACGACGCCAGAACUAUAAAACAAAAAAUUGUAAAUUGCAUGUAUUUAAUACUAUGCUUACAUUUAUCGGCGUAUAUAAGUGUGCAGCUAUAUUCAUACUUAACCAUACAAUCUCCGCCGCGUCUUUACAGAACAAUCAACGAACUUAUGGAAUCCGGUAUCAAACCAUACUUGAAACCGACAUCCAAAUAUUUUAUAAAAGAUCAAAAGUACGAAAGAUUCGCUAAUACUUCUGGUGAUUGCGAUAGCUUCAUCCAUUGUCAACAAGUUAUUAUAGAAAAGAAAGGUGCGACUGUUCUUAUAGACGGACACAUGCCAGGCUAUCAAUUUAAAACUGCAGUAAACGACGAAGCAAGAGUAUUACAGUUGAAGGAAGAUAUCAUAUUUGUUUACCACGAAAUGAUUAUUAGAAAGAAUACUGUCUUCGGUCGUGCGCUGAAGAAAGUGUUGUUGCAUCUGUUCGAAGCCGGUAUUUGUAAGAAAUCAUACGAAGAGGCGGUUGGUAUUUUACUGGCGGCGAAAGGCAAAUCUGCUGCAAAAAAUGUAAUGUCUAAUAGUUACAGCUGUCAGUCAGGAUGCAAGAUAACGUUGGCGCAGUCAGCUGGCGCUUUUUACAUUUGGAUUUUUGGAUGUAUUUUGUCUUGUGUCGCUUUUAUUGUAGAGAUUGUGGUUUUUAAAUAUAAAACUUUUUAA